UUUGCGCAUGCGCUACGUCAACAGCGUCGAAACCAACAACAAACUAUGGCGGAUGAACACACUGAUGCUGAGCAGAGCAUGGAAGGACACACUCCUGUCUCAGAAAAUCCUCAUGCAGAAUACGGUCUCACUGAAAACAUUCAGAGAAUAGUUGAAAAUGAGAAAACGACUGCAGAGAAAGUCACCAAACAGAAGGUGGACCCUCAGACGCUCCAGACCCUUCCUACACGAGCGUAUCUGGAUCAGACUGUGGUUCCUAUCCUCCUGCAAGGCUUGUCAGUUCUCGCCAAGGAAAGGCCUCCAAAUCCAAUAGAGUUUCUAGCGGCAUUCUUACUGAAGAACAAGUCCCAGUUUGAGGAGCGGAAUUAAAGACAGCGUGGAGGAACACUUGUAGAGUUGUGUUUUAGUUUUUUGUUGUGAAUUUAAAUUUAAUGGUGUCACUCUUCAGAUUGUUUGUUUGCCAAUGUUACUCUAGUUUUUUUUUUUUAAGCUCAAAUAAACAUGUUCAAGC